GGGGCCGAGGAGGGACAUUUUAAAAGGGCCGGAGAUUGCGGGCGUCAGUGGCCAUGGCGGACACAGCGACCACAGCAUCGGCGGCGGCGGCGGCUGGGGCCGUGAACGCCUCCACCGAUGCACCUCCUUUCCAGCUGGGGAAACCCCGCUUCCAGCAGACCUCCUUCUAUGGCCGCUUCAGGCACUUCUUGGACAUCAUCGACCCUCGCACGCUCUUUGUUACUGAGAGACGUCUCAGAGAGGCUGUGCAGCUGCUGGAGGACUAUAAGCAUGGGACCCUGCAUCCAGGGGUCACCAAUGAACAGCUCUGGAGUGCACAGAAAAUCAAGCAGGCUAUCCUACACCCAGACACCAACGAGAAGAUCUUCAUGCCGUUUAGAAUGUCAGGUUACAUUCCUUUUGGGACACCAAUUGUUGUUGGUCUUCUCUUGCCAAACCAGACACUGGCGUCCACUGUCUUCUGGCAGUGGCUGAACCAGAGCCACAAUGCUUGUGUCAACUAUGCAAACCGCAAUGCUACCAAGCCUUCACCUGUGUCCAAGUUCAUCCAGGGCUACUUGGGGGCUGUCAUCAGUGCUGUCUCCAUCGCCGUGGGCCUUAAUGUCCUGGUUCAGAAAGCAAACAAGUUCACCCCAGCCACCCGCCUUCUUGUCCAGAGAUUUGUGCCGUUCCCUGCCGUAGCCAGCGCCAAUAUCUGCAACGUGGUCCUGAUGAGGUACGGGGAGCUGGAGGAGGGCAUUGACGUCCUGGAUGGUGACGGCAACCUCGUGGGCUCCUCCAAGAUCGCAGCCAGACACGCCCUGCUGGAGACGGCGCUGACGCGGGUCGUCCUCCCCAUGCCCAUCCUGGUGCUACCCCCGAUCGUCAUGUCCAUGCUGGAGAAGACGGCCCUCCUGCAGGCUCGCCGCCGGCUGCUCCUUCCUGUGCAAAGCCUCGUGUGCCUGGCAGCCUUCGGCCUGGCCCUGCCGCUGGCCAUCAGCCUCUUCCCGCAGAUGUCAGAGAUUGAAACGUCCCAAUUAGAGCCUGAGAUCGCCCGGGCCACGAGCAGCCGGACAGUGGUGUACAACAAGGGGCUGCAGCCAGAGUUCCCAAGGGAGCAAGGCCCGGCCUCUUUUCCAGGAUCUCCUUUAGAGGUGGAAGAAGAAGCUGUUGACCUCGCCUGCUGGGGGACCGUGUAGUAGAGAGAAGUCCCCGUGAUCUGGAGACAGGCAGCCCCGGGUUCCAGCCCCAGCUGGGCCCCAGUCUGGUGGGUGGCCUGUAGCCAGUGACUGCAUUCAUUCAGCCACUCGUUCAUUUAGCCACAUGUUCACUGAGCACCUUCUCCGGGUCAUGCUGCUCGCUGAGCCUCGGGGUCCUCAUCUCUGAAAGGCUGAGAACAGCCUCACUCCCUGGACUGCUCCAAGGAUCUGAGAGCCCCGUGAGGGUGUCAGGGGAGCCGCUCCUCCCCUCCCCGGGAAUCUGGGUCUCCCUAGGAGGGUUGGAGGAGGGAAAGGGAUGGGGGAGGGGCCUGUUCACAAAGCAGUACUUCUAGGCCCGGGGUCUUCUGGUCUCCGGGGAAUUUCUUUGCUGAAAGCCCCACAGGCCAUAGCCCCCAUCUGGGCGGAAAUCCUUGGUUCGCAGGACAGACACAAAUCCCUCCUGGGAGCUGUUUGUUGUUUUUAGCUGGUUUGGGGGCUCAGUUCCUGCCCAGCCCAGAGAUCAUUAACACUCCAGGAAUGUGGCCUCCCCUACCCCCCUGUCCCCACUUGCCCAGCCCCCAGGGCCUCCCUCCUCCUACUGAGGCAAUGGAUAGAAGGAGGCUCAGAAAUGCUAGCGGAUGAGGGCAGUGAUGAGUGACCUUUUCUCAAGGCCCCUGGGAGCCCGGCUUCAUUUUCUAAAUGGAGCCUUCCUCAGUCCCCCAGAGCUGCAGCUGCUCCUGCCAUCUCAUCCAUUCCCCUACCACUGAUUAGACCCGGAGACAGCCACUCCCCAGAAGGCCAAACCCCUACAUGCACGCCCUUUUCUGCAGUGCCAGAUGUCUCCAGGGCAGUGCCAAGCAAGAUUCAUUCUCCACCUCCCACUCAGAGGCGGCAGCUAACAGACUUGGCUAAGGCCAGAGCCUGGCUUCUUCAGUUUCCUUAGAAAAAGUCACCCAGAGAGAGCAUGGGGGUGAGAAGAGGAAGACCUGGGAUGGAACCCCAAGGAGCCCCAACCUCGGAGGCCUGGACAGAGAGACAAGGCAGCUGCCAAGGAAGCUGAGCCACAGGAGAAGUAAGAGAGUGUGGCAUCCCGGAGGACAAGGCAAGAGAAGAGUGCUCCGAGUAGAUGGACUGUCCACAUGUUACGGAGCUGCGCACAGAAGGGAGACGAAGGUGAAGGCACGUCUCUUGGAGGGAUCUGGGGAGAGCUGUUUCAGUGGAGUGUGGUCAUGGCAGAAGCCAGAGCUCCAUGGGUUGAGAAG